CAAACAGCAGCGUGUGAUGUGGCUACUUCAUCCAUCGCAGGGUUCAGCCAGUUUCUUAGUAUUAUUUUUAUAAUGUCACAGGAUGGAAGUGGACGAUUAGAAAGCAGGUUAUGUUUCUCUGCUUUUCCCACUGCCCAGCUCAGUGCCCUGUUUACUGAAUUGGAUCUGAAACAAUGAAAGAGACCUCAAAGGACCAGGAGAGCCUGGAAUACAGGCUGGACUGUGCUCCUGAUCUGCGGUGUGAGAAGAAAACAGAUUUAGUGCCUGUUUGCCAAAUUUGUGAGACAUGUGUCUUGGCUUGGAGGGUCUUCUCUACCAAAGAGUGGUUCCUGCGGGCCAGCGAAGUCUCCCAAAGGAAGUUCCUGGUGGGGAUCGUGAAGCGAUUCAACAGCCUGGAUUUGCUAAACUAUGCUGAGAAAGUCCUGCAGACCUCCCACGGGAAGGAUUUCACUUUCAGCCGGUCCCGAAUCACCCCCAGCCUCAAAGAAGACAUGACCACGUCCACUUCUGACCGGGCUUUGAAUAUAGUAACUCUAGAGAAAGCCAUGUUGGAGACCUGGAAGUGGUUCAAAAACUGUUCCUACUGGACUAAAGCAAACUACACUCUGCUCUUGCUUCAGAUGUGUAACCCUAAGUUACUGUUUAUAGCUGCUAACCUGGUCAGAGUCCUCCUGGUCAGAGAGCAGAGUGCCAGCUCAAAAAGAGAAACAGAGGACGAGAAAGACAAAAUCACGGUGGUCUUCACUGAGACCCAAAGCAGCUUCAAGCUAGAGGAACACACGAAAUCCAGCUCCCAGGUGCAAUUGCGACCCACAUCUCAAUCCUUCCUGACAUCUUCCACAGCCCUAGAAAGUGGGGUCUCAUCAGAAGGAACCAGCCAGUUUAGCGAUAUAGGCAUAGGUGUCCAAGGGCAGAUACCGUGCUUCUGGCCCAGAGACCUGGCACACAUGCAUUAUGAGAGAGCUGCGUCAGUGGAUGAUGAUAUAUCCUCCAUGUCUUCAAUCGACCCAGCCUCCGCCGUUGUCCCUGCAGCUUUCCAGUCAGCCUCCAAUGUCAACAAGUAUAAGGACUUCAUCCGCUGCCUGCCGACCCAUCUGUCCAAGUACAUCCUGGGGUUUCUGGAUACAAAGAGCCUGAACAGGUGCACUUCUGUGAACCAGCACUGGGCUUUCCUGGCCAAACAGGUCAAGCAGGAACAUCUGUCGCAUAGCCUAGUCGUGGAAGAGAUUGUGUACUUGCAGGGGUCAUGUCCUAGGGGAGUCAUUCCCAGCUAUGCUAAAAUGACCAAUGUUGUAAUUCCAAGGAUAAAUAAAGACGGGGACAUCAUCCCAGCAAGAGGCCGCAGAUGGAAACGCAGAGGAAAGGAGGAGAACAACCUACAGGCGGCUUAUCAUGGCCAGAUGACUGAAACUGUCCAGCUGGAGGAAAGAAACAUCUUCUGCGGCUCCUAUAAUGUUCGUGUCCUUACAGACCAGUCGGAUCCACACAGGGUAAUCCACUACAGUGGUGGGAACUUGCUUGCCAUUGGCUCACUGGACCGCAAAGUCAGGUUCCUUGACGUGUUGGAGCUGAAGGAAGUGCCGCCUGUGAUCAGUGGCCAUGCUGGGAGCAUCAAGGCAGUGUUCCUCAAUGAGAAGAAAGGGUUCGUGCUGAGCGCGAGCUUUGAUCUCAGCAUCCGAUGCUGGAAUAUAUUCACUGGGGCUUGUGUGAAGAUCCUUAACGGUCACUCGGGGACCAUCACCUGCCUGGACGUGUACAAAAACAGGGUUGUGUCAGGAGCAAGAGACUGCAUGGUCAAAGUGUGGGAUUUAAGCACCGGGCGAUGCAUCAAAACUUUAAAACACAAAGAUGCCAUUUGGACAGCUAAAAUCAACAACACCCACAUUGUGAGCGGUUGCGAAAAAGGGUUGGUGAAAGUGUGGCACGUUGAUACAUGUGUGUUGAUCAAGACCUUAGAAGGGCACCAAGGCCCAGUAAAAUCCCUGGCCUUUGAUCAAUGGCAUCUAGUGACAGGAAGCUCUGAUGGAUUUGUCCUGGGAUGGAGCAUGGUGGGAAAACAUAAGCGAUGUCUAAUGGCUUUCAGGCAUCCACAGGAAGUCCUGUAUCUGGCGUUUCUGUAUCUCCGAGUCAUCAGUGGCUGCGCUGAUGGAAAAAUACGUAUAUUUAACUUCCUGACUGGAACCUGCCUGAAGGUGAUGAGGGCCAAUAGCAGAGGUGACCCUGUGGUGUCCUUCUGCAUUGUAGAAAAUAGGAUGGUGAUCAAUGCUCUGAGCAGUGUACUGAUGUUCCAGUUUGAGGAUGUAGAGUGGGACUACACGCUACAGGCCGACCGAGAGGAAGUAACAAAGGAUAAGGAAAAGCACAAAGAAAUCAGGGUCAGAGUGCAGCCCUAUCCGUAUGUUCGUGCUCAGCACAUGAAACGGGAUGCAGCCAGCCACAGGAAGAUAUAUUAUUCCGAGGAGAAACCAGAUGAGGACCAGAUAAUGUUGGCAUACCUGAUUCGCCGUCGGUCAACAAGGGGUUCCGGGACACCUUCAGGAUGGACUCCCAUCACAGGACAGCCUUGGGGAAGCUUGCUCUGCUGCUCCUCAUGCUGUGCUUGUUCUGUGGAUAAACAUAGAAACUCAGUCUCCAGGACUGUCACUUUAGUGCCCAUUAUCAGCCCCCUUUGGGGAUUCCAUCUCUCCAAGGAGGAUCAAACAGGCUACCACCGCCACCAGCUCACUGUAAAAUCACUUCCAUAUAUACGUAUCUACACAGAGUCAGAUAUUUUUUUCUUUUCUUCAUGUUUAUCUUUGGAUAUAGAUAGUGAAUCUGGCUACGACUCUCCGGUCCAUGCAUCUUCACUCGCUGAAAACGCAGAGGCCGCUUUACAGCGUAUAAAGAAACGAGGCCCACAUUGUCUCACUUCUCCUGACCAGAUCCUCCUGACUGUUAGCACGCUGCAGCACGCCUACAAGCCAGACCAAGUCAGCUCCAAUAUGCUACCCCUUGCAAAAAUCAGAGAUGUCGGGGGACCUCGGUUGGGCCCCCAGGAAUGCCCUAAAAAGAUGUUGUCAUACAAAAUCCCUAAGCAAGAGAAAAAGGAUCAGUCCACCCAACUCAGAAACAUUAAAUCAGCCAGUGGCUCUCUGACUAUGAAAAGAACGUCCACACCCUUUGAAACCAAAAGACUGCAGCUCAACUUGAAGAACUCUUUGCAUGGAUCUGCAGUGCACUCUUUCAUUCCUGCUCCCGUGAUUGUACGCUCCAAGUCAUGCUGCAGUUUGCCAGAAGAGAAGAAGGUUCAUACUGGCCAUGGCAGAGCCACUUCCCUAUCUGAGGGUGGGGCUCAGUUGAUUGGCCACUUAACGAGCUCAUCUGAAUCCAUCAAAUCGACACGCAUGAUGAUCGCACAAACUAAAAUUGAAGCAGGGCCCCGGAGAGAAAGUCCCCUCUUCUUACAAACCGCAAAUCCUUACCGGCUCAACACCGGGUUCAGGCUUCUGACAGUGAAGCAGAUGAAAAUGUAUGAAGAAGCUACAGCUGUUGAGUAUCAAGCUCACCGAACAAAACGUAUAGCAGACCAGCAAAAAGAGUGCAGGAAGGCCUGGUUAAAGAAAAUUAAAGGCCUCCCUAUAGACAAUUUCACCAAGGAGGGAAAAAUAGCUGCCCCCGAACUUGGGCUUAAUGUGUAUGUCUGAGCGAAGCUCCUUAAGGCACACUACCAACUCUUUUAAAGAAAUAAAUGCAAACAAAUAGAUGGGAUUGGGGGCUUCUUGGGUUGCUCAAAUUGUUUGAUUCAGCUCUGAUCCCCAUUUGAGGAUACCAUCUCAUGGCCUUCAAUGUUCUGUUGGGGGAGGGAUUAUAUAAGGAACACUGCAUGACUCUUCAAGAAAAUAUUGACAUAGUUAAAUAGUCCUCACAACGGUCUAUGAGAUUAUUAUUCAGCUGGGCCUAGUGUUACUGUAGACUGAUUUAAAUGUGAUCAUCAGCAUCUCCCCUUGUGAUCACCACACAGUGCUAUUCUUGCAAGUUUUCCUCAUGAGGCCUCAGACAAGCUCCAAGAGGCUGAUCAUCUGACCUAUGUUUUGAGCAAGGGGUGCCUGACCCUUGCAAUCCUGGGGGCAAUUCACCAGGUGUCUGAGCCACAUCAAAUGUGCAUAUUUAUUAUACAAAAUAAAUGUAGCCAACCAUAACAAUUCUUUGUACUUGUAUCUUCCUUGUUGGACUGUAAUUGAAACUGCUUGUUCUGAGAGAGAGAACUGUACAUACAAGCAGACAGCAUCAAGGAGCCUUGCACAUCUCUACUCUAGCAUAGAUUGCUUCCGUACUGAAAAAUUUACAUGGAUUUUCCUAUGAGACCAAUUUUAUUAGUGUCAAGUUCACCCUGAAUAAAAGGUCAGCACAAGGCCUUGCCUUGCUUAAAUCUUACUUUGACGGCUUAAGAGGGAUGAAAAUAGUGUAUAGGCCUAGUGCUGGAUCUCUGCACAGGGGUGAAUUUCAUCCUUAUCUUCCCUAGAAAUUUAGUUGCAUUUAAACUUGAUUUUUAACAGUUGAGUUAGUUAACACACUGCUGACAGUCAGUGCAGAUGUACGAGGGCUUACCCAUUGGUAUCUGACACAAUGUGGAACACAAUUUAUCCUUGCGGAUGCUGACCAGUAAGUUGUUGUCAGCACUGUCACCUAACUCAAGAUUAAAAAUCAUGUUUAGACAUGAUUAAAUUUCCUAGUGAAGACAAGUGCACCCUUAGAGUGCAUGAGACCCUCUUCCCAUUGAAAGGAUUGGACCCAGUGGAUUGACUAUAGGAAUGUGUCAAAUUACUUAGACCAUGGCUUUAUAUUUGUUAUCUGCAAGGCACAGACAACCACAGUAAAUGGAUUAAUCAGUCAACUCAGGGUUCUUAUAUAGCAUCAGGACAUACAAUUUCAGUGUGUUCAACUGUGCUCAGCUCCCUCUCUCAGCUGCAAUAUUUUCCUCCACCUGUAGUUUACAAAAUUAAAUCACUUUUGGUUUUAAUUAGAACUUAAAUGGACACCAUUAACCUCAAAAAUCAUGUUAAAUCCCUUGUCGGUCAUGUGACCUGAGAUUAUUAAAUUGAACUAAUUUUUAAAAAUGUAUUUUAAGCUCUACAUUUCAUUUUUGUUUGCAUUUCACUUAUUUUGGAUGCGGUAAUUAAGUUGGUUG